AUGGCCAAGCGAACGCUGCUUGAGGCGAUCGCCACGGACAACCCGGACCUGUGGAUCAAGCUCGCCAGCGGGGAGCGCCUGCCGGCCCACCGCGCCAUCGUCUCAUGGUCCUCCUCCAUUGCCAAGCAGCUGCCGCCCGGCGACACCUGGGACGUCUCGGGCCUGGUGGUGGACGGUCGCGCCGCCGCAGAGCGGCCCAUGGUGGCGGCAUGGCUGACGGCCGUAUAUCCGCCGGCCGAGGGCUUGUGCGACGAGCCUGCCGAGCCGCCACAGCUGGCCGACCUCCUCAAUUUCGCUGACGCCGUUGGGACGUCGAGGCCUGCGCUGCUCGCGUGCUGCGAGCGCUGCCCGCUCAAGUCCCCGAGGGUCGCGGCUCAGCUGGAGCCGCUGCUGCACCUGGCCUACAAGCUGCGGCUGACAGAUCUGCAGGACCAGCUGCACGCGUUCAUCCACGGCGCCGCCGUUGACUCAAACGGACCCCUGAGCAACCGCCUGCUGCUCGAGUCGGCAUUGUUCACCGACCGGGUGAUGGCGGCGGCCGACGCGCAGCAGAAAAAGGCGGCCUGGAUUGACAGCGUGGUCAGGGUGCCGUGUGUGAUCGGCGGGGGGGAGGGUGCGCUGCUGGUCGGAGUGGACGUCACAGGCGGCGCCAAGCAGCUCGUGCGGUUCAAUGCGGCGCUGGGGCGGCCCUACAUGGGCGCCCCCGCGGGCACAAUUGUGGACGUUGAGGUGAAUAUAUUUGACAAAAUUGUCUACUUUGCGCCGCGCGUGGUGUGGCAACGGCGCAACGCAUGUGCCGCUGUCGACGGGCUGUCCACGCCUGAUGACUGGGACUGGCAGGCAUUCAAGGAGCGCCUCAUCGCCAGCAACGAUAGCUGCGUGGCCAUGCCAGCGGCGGGGCCCGAAGUCGGCGAAGGCUGGCACUCGGAUGAGUCCAGGGCGGAUGUUGUUUUAUGGGUCGUGGUCAAUGGCAGCAAGCGCAGCGGCCGCAGCAAAAGCCUGGCUGGCGGCACGCGUGCCAGAUGCAGCGGCAACCGAAGCGGCGGUGGAGGGAGCAGCAGCAGCAACAGCAGCAGCAACAGCGGCGACCUGGCAAGCCUCAGCGGCGACGCCAAGAAAAAGAAGCGCAAGACGGCGCCAUCGCGCCUGCAGGGCGGCUUAGCUGAGCGGCGGAUGCUCUUGGAAGAAGCAGCAGACCAGACUUUGGAUGGCGGGGCCGAGGCGGGCGCAGAGGUCAAGGGCGGGAGGAUCGUCGUGGAUGAGAUGCAGGGCCAUGCGCUUUUGUUGAAGAGUGCGAGCGGCUGGGCUCACAGCAGGCUCAGUAGCACCCCCGGGCAGCUUUACUUAGAGGUUGACGACGAGGGGCAAGCAGCUGCCGUGCAGCUGCUGCUGCGCUGCAUACACUCUGCUCAUGGCCCCACGGUCCCUUUGGAGGGGGCGGAUACGGCCACGCUGCUGCAGGUGCUGAGGCUCGCCGCCCGCCUGCAGGCCCCGGGCUGCGUCAAGGCCGCCGGCGACACGCUGCUGCUCAAUGCAGCCGCCUCCAGCACCGGCCGGCUGCCCUGGGAGGCGGUCCUCGCGGCCUUUGAGCUGCCCGCCCCGACAGAUGCGCCGACAGAUGCAGAUGCAUGUGAUGAGUGUGCCGCUGCGACCGCCGCGGCUGCGCGGCCCCUGCGUGAGGCGGCGCAAGAGCAGCUGCUGCGGGAGCUCGGAGAUCUGGAUCUGGCGUGGCUGGACGGGAAGCUGCGGGGGCGGCUGCUGGCGCUCCCGUUUGAGGCAGUCAGGAUGCUCCUGAGUGACGGCCGCACCCGCGCGGCAUGUGAGGCGACAGUGUUCUUCACCGCAGCCUCCUGGCUCAGCGCCCGCCGCGGCGCCGGCACCAAGGCGCAGCAGGCCGUGCUGGCCGCCUGCGUGCGCGUGCAGCACCUGCCACUGUGGUACCUGUCGGGCGUCGUCGCCCAAUGCCCUUGGUUCACGCGCCACGUCAGCGCGGCCGAGCUGCACCAGUCGAUCGCGCUGCGCCUUGCGGCGCCGCGCGUCGAGGAGAUCGCGUGCAGCGUGGUGCGAGCGCCGGCGCCAAGGCACGCGGCGUGGCAGCUGCCGGUGCGGAGGGCGUCGCGAGUGCGUAAGCUUAAGAUGGAAUGGGACAUCCCUUUGUCCACGUUGAAGCGCCUCCACAAAGCGGCGUCCGGCGAGGGCCCAGGGGGCACCGUGGAGGCGGCGGCCCCGAUGGCAUGGGCCUUCAAAGGGAUGAGCUGGGCCCUGGAGGUUAUGGCGGCCGCUGACGAGGACGGCUGUGUCGCGUUUGGCUUGUAUGUGACGCCGUCGCCGCCGCCGCUGCAGCCGGAUCCGCCGCCGGCCGCGGCGGUGGUGACGGCAACCGUCACGCUCGGCGCGCGCUCGACGCGCCGGAAGCUGCGGGGCAGCUGCCGCAUGCAGCUGCUGCUCGGCUGCGAGGGGCGCGGGUUUGAGGACGUGUUUGAGAUGGGGGGGCAGGCGGCGUGGGACGAGGUGGGGUGGCGGGCGGCGGGGCUGGUCGGGGAGGAUGGGUGCGUGCGAGUGACAGCGACGGUGCGGGAUGUGGAGUGA